AUGGAACUCGUUAUAUAUACAGCAACUCCACUACUCCCUACCCCGUCUAUAUAUAUCUCUACCCCUCUUCACAGAGUCCAUCGAGGAAGAAGGCCGUUUACACCUGUAUCUUAUCGAACCAUGUUUCCAGCAGUCCGUUUCAACCUCCCCUUUGGAGCACGUUCGAUCAUCAUGGGCCGUUUGAAACCCUUUGCACCAAAACCAAAACCAAAGGUGAACCGUGAAGAACGUGCCAAGCAGUCAAAGAAAAUCGUCCAAUUGGUGCGUUCUGCGUUGGAGAAUGAUGAGACUAACUUCACUCCCGGCAGCAAGGCCAUUUAUUUGCCAUUUGCGACAGUCAAGUUGCUACGACCAAAUGCCAAACAUACCCCCUACCAGGCAAAAUUCAUUGUUCCAAAGUCUUUCAACAAAUUAGACCUUAGAGACUACCUUUAUCAUAUAUAUGGAUUGCGUGUACUGAAUGUCACUUCUGCAUUGAUGCCUGGGAAAUUUGUCAGAAGUAUGCCUGCUCCAUACGGAACUAGAUAUAGGGAUGCACAGGUUAAAAAGAUGACUGUCGAUUUAGUGGAUCCCUUUGUAUGGCCUGCAGAGAGCCAGGAGUUUAUUGCCGAGAGAGAACUGACAAGAGAGCUCAACAAGUACAGAGAGGAAAAGGCAAAUGCAAUCAACUCGGAUCUGGAGAAACCUUCAAAGGCAUUCGGAGGUAUCAUUGAUCCUAAACCUCAGCCAAUGAACUUCAUUCCUAAACUAGUUGAAAAGCAAAUGAGAAACAAAAAGAACAAGGACAGUGAACGAGUCAAGAAACUGGAAAACGAAAAGUUCAUCACCUCGUACCUUAACAUCUGA